UUUAUUUAAUUAGGAAUUGGUUGUUACGAAAAUGGUCCAUUUUGAUUCAAUCCUACGAAAAUGCACCUCGCUUUCUCACAUCAAACGGCUUCAAUCCCAUCUCAUCAUCACCGGCGAGUUCAACUUCUACUUUUCCCGUUCUAAGCUCCUCGAUUACUGUGCCUCUUCUGCCUCCGGCGACCUCUCUUACGCCAUCUACAUUUUCCGGCAACUCCCAUCUCCGGCGACCAACGAAUGGAACGCCAUUAUACGCGGCCUCGCUAAAACCCCACAACCCACAAUGGCCAUCACGUGGUUUGUGUCGAUGUCACGUGCUUCAUGCAAGCCUGAUGCUCUAACGUGCUCGUUUGUGCUGAAGGCAUGCGCACGUGGGCUGGCUGUUUUUGAGGCCAGGGAGGUGCAGUCUCAGGUUCUGAGACGUGGGUUCGUAUUUGAUGUGUUGUUGCAGACGACGUUGCUUGAUGUUUACGCGAAGGCGGGGGAUUUGGAUAGUGCGCGCAAUGUGUUUGAUGAAAUGUGUGUGAGAGAUGUUGCGUGUUGGAAUGUGUUGAUUAUGGGGUUGGCUCAGGGGAGUCGAGCUACAGAGGCUUUGGAGAUGUUUAAGGAGAUGGGGUUUGCGGGGAUGAGGCCGAAUGAGGUGACUGUGCUGGGGGCGCUUUCUGCUUGUUCGCAGUUGGGGGCGAUUGGGGAGGGGGAGAGGGUUGUUGAGUUUAUAAGGGGUGAGAAGAUGGAUUGUAAUGCGCAGCUGUGUAAUGCUGUUAUUGAUUUGUACGCGAAAUGUGGGCUUGUGGAUAAGGCGUUUGGGGUUUUUAGUAGUAUGAGGUGUGAGAAGUGUAUUGUUACUUGGAAUACGAUGAUUAUGGCAUUGGCGAUGCAAGGGGAUGGAAUUAAGGCACUGGAACUUUUUGAUCGGAUGGGUAGAGAGGGGAUAGUCGCAGAUAGUGUUAGUUAUCUCAUGGUGUUGUGUGCUUGUAACCAUGCUGGUUUGGUGGAAGAUGGGGUUAGGUUGUUUGAGUCGAUGGCGAAGAGUGGAGUGAGUCGGAAUAUGAAACAUUAUGGUAGUGUGGUUGAUUUGUUGGGCCGGGCAGGUCGGCUUCAGGAGGCAUAUGAUAUUGUGAAUGAGAUGCCAAUGGUUCCGGAUUUGGUACUUUGGCAGACACUUCUUGGGGCAAGUAAGACAUAUGGGAAUGUGGAGAUGGCAGAGAAAGCGUCCAGGAAGCUUGAGGAAAUGGGGUCAAGUAAUUGUGGAGACUUUGUGAUGUUGUCAAAUAUAUAUGCAGCCCAGGAAAGAUGGAAAGAUGUGGGAAGGGUGAGAGAGACGAUGAGAAGUAGAGAUGUGAAGAAGAUUCCUGGGUUCAGCUACAUUGAAGCAGGCGGCAUAAUGCAUAAGUUUGUUAAUGGAGAUCACAGCCAUUCGUUCCGAGAUCAAAUUUAUAGGAAACUUGAUGAAAUUAGUUUUAGGAUCAGAGAGCAUGGGUAUGUGGCAGAGACUAGUUAUGUUUUGCACGAUAUUGGAGAAGGGGAGAAGGAGAAUGCCUUGUGGCAUCACAGUGAAAAGUUAGCUGUUGCGUAUGGUUUGAUUGCAACAAGUGAAAAGAGUACACUGCGAGUGAAUAAGAAUAUUAGGAUAUGCGGGGACUGUCAUGUUGUAAUUAAGCUCAUUUCUAAAAUUUACGAGCGGGAAAUUAUAGUGAGGGAUCGAACUCGGUUCCACAGAUUCAAAGAGGGGUGCUGUUCUUGUGGAGAAUAUUGGUAGAUUUCAGUGUUCUUUUUUCGGAAUGUCACAUAUUUUACAAUUUGGUAGAAGUUUUCAUACCAGCAAAAUAUGGUGCCUUCUGUGCAGACACAUGGAGAAGAAUAUACUAGUUAGCAAAGGAGAUUUGUCAGCUGGGAAAGACCAAUUUUACAUCUCACAACUCAACCAGGUAACAUGAAAUUAGGAAAAAUAAUACAAAUAGUUGUAAAACCUCUCCGAGUGAGAGCAUAUUACAAACAGGAAUACUUGCUGAGCAUGACAAGCCCGAAUGACAUGGAAAUAUGAUCAGUCUUUCAUCAACCUUGCCUCAAAGCCUCCUUCGGGUCUCUUUACAAGACGGUAAGGCAUAUGGGUUCCAAGCAGCAGAUCCCAGAUAGGGUAGAAAGGUUGUGAAUAGUUGUACUUCGUACCUUGAAGUUGAUGAUGAACAUCAUGAUAGGCAGU